UGAGAGCGUCAAAACCGGAAACGAUAGCCACAGCUGCGGCAGGUAGUGAAAUGAAAACAACCGUCGCGACAACAUUUUGAGGAAUAAAUCAGCCUAAAUUAAACCAAUGUGCCGGGAAACGCUGGUUUCUGGCUCUGACGUUAAGUGGACUAUGCACUACAUCUGUGUUUUUCUGUUGGGUUUGUACUCUUGUGGAUGUCUCCCAUGUGUGUCUGCCUGCAAAUAUGAGCCAGAGACCCCAGACUGGAGGAUGACUCUGAAAACUAUCCGUAACGGAAUACACAAGAUUGACACGUACCUGAAUGCAGCACUGGAUUUGUUUGGUGGCGAUGAUGGACUGUGCCAUUAUAGGUGCAAUGAUGGUUACAAGCCGGUGCCUCGUCCCGGGUACAAGCAGCCACCACCCAAUGGAUGUGGCUCCCCGCUGUUUGGAUUUCAGUUUGACAUAGGCAUCCCGUCCAUGACCAAAUGCUGUAACCAACAUGACCGCUGCUAUGACACCUGCGGCCGUGAGAAGCACGACUGCGAUGACCAGUUCCAGGACUGCCUCGAGACCAUCUGCAGGAAUGUGCAAAGGACUCUGGGAUUGGCCCACAGUGUCCAAGCUUGUGAGUCAGCAGUGACUCUCCUGUUUGACGCUGUUAUGCACUUGGGAUGUAAGCCAUACCUGGACAGCCAGAGAGAGUCUUGUGUAUGUCAGUAUGAAGUGAAGAGAGAACUGUGACACCGCCACAGGAUGGAGACUGUGGAACGGACUGAUUCAAAAGCACAACACUGACAGAAAGAUGCCAGCAAUAAACUUUUCUUUCAGACUCCUAGAUUUUCUCAGGGAUAGAGCCUCUUUGGCCUGCACUAACUUGUGUCCAUCGCCUCCCUUUAUUGGAGUUUUGAAAUGUAGACAUCUGUUAGACAAAGUGAAUGUGAAAAUACCUAGUUUUUUGAAUGGACAAUUAAUAUCUUUCCUGUGCAAUUAAUUAUUUAUAUUUAGUUAAUACUGUGUAGUGUGUUUGUCCUGUGAUGGACUGGAAACAGGGUGUUCAGGGUUUCCCUGGCUUUUGGAUGCUUGGGUAGCGCCCGUCACUUUAUUUUUUGGGUUUGUAAAUUCCUAAUAACGUCCUAAGUAAAAAAAAAAAAAAAAAGAAAGAAAGAAAAAAGAAAAAUAUGUAAUUUGGCACUGAUUAUAGGUAAAACAGGGACAGUGUUCAACUGGUACAAUUGCAAUUGAUUAAUUCCAAUUAAAUGCUAAACUAGCUCAACUAGGAGUUUUUAUUUAGUGCACAUAACAACAACAACAACAAUAAUAAUAAUAAUAAUAAUAUUCCAAUAAUAAAUUAAUGAUGAAUAACAAUUUACUUGGUUGUAAAUGGAGCUGUUUAUUCAAGGACGUUCCUCUGGAAAUCAGCAACUGCUUUUAAACUCAGCACAACAAACUAAACUAACUAAAUUAAUAAGUUCAAAGCUUUGUCUGUAUUAUCCCUGUAAUUAGCACCAAAUUUACAUAGUUCUUUCCAGAAACGAUCAAGAACUUAUUAAGAAAUAAUGGACCGUAAAAUUAAACAUUACUGCCCAGUUCCCCUCCCAUAACACUAAUAGGAACAUGUGAUAAAUAAGUAAGUCAACAAUGUCUGUUUCUACAGCAUCUAAAACAUUUUUGGUUUUCCCUUUUAUAAAAUUUGUAAAAUAUUUGUACAAUAUCACAUGAAGGGGAAUGCACUGGUGAACUCAGCUGAUGCCAAUGUGACAACCCUGUGGAAAAAAAACCUGUGUGAGACUGUUGUAAAAAUAAAGAAACAUGCUUUUAUUUAUAA